GAGAAAUCUGUUCCUCAUAUGAGCAGCACCUCUGGGGCCAGCAGGCUGGCAUAGAAUCAGGACCAUGUCCAUGGUUCUUCCCUCCAUGCUCUGUCUUGGGUUGUGUCUAGGCCAGAGCACUCAGGCGCAGAACGGAACUCUCCCACCACCUCUUCUCACAGCUGUACCAGGAACUAUGGUUCCACGUGGGACUCCUGUAAUGAUCCUGUGCCGAGGGCCUGCAGAAGCUGAAGCAUACGUGCUGUCUAGAGUGAGAGGCCCUGAGCCCUUGGAUAGUGAGAAACAACUGCUGUCUAAGAAGACAAACACUUGGAGUAUCACAGGGAUGACGCCAUACUGGGCAGGAUUGUACCACUGUUCCUAUCAGAGUGGAGGCAGCUGGUCCCAGUUCAGUGACCCCCUGCAGCUGGUGAUGACUAGAGCUUAUGACAAACCCUCCCUCUCAAGCAUGACUGGUAUCAUGGCACUUUCAGGGGAGAAUGUGAAGUUGCGGUGUUUCUCAACACUCAAGUUUGAUGCAUUUAUUCUUAUGAAGAAAGAUGGAGUUCACAUCAUCCAGAACCAAAUAUCCACCCCUGAGGGUGGUGGACACCAGGCUGUGUUCCUUUUGAAUCAAGUCUCCUCCACACAAACUGGGACCUACAGAUGCUAUGGUGUCUUCAGUCGUCACCCCUAUGUGUGGUCUCACCCCAGCGACCGAUUACAGCUUUGGGUCACAGAAGCUUCUGACGAUCCCGGUCCCACGAACCCCGGACCUUCGCCUGAAUUCCCUGAUGAGAUCACCACACUGCCCACUAUGACAGGAGGAAUGAAAGAGCAUACUGCUUGGCAUCUUUCUGCAGAGAAUCAAGUCCGGCUGAGUAUGGCUGGCCUGAUUCUCUUCGUCCUGGUGGUGCUCUUGGCUGAGGCCUGGUACAGCCGGAAGAUGCCCUUCAAUGGACACAGACAAGCCCCUACCUGAGUGUAAUGACAGCACUGAUGUCCCUCUUUUGGCAUCUGAGGAUUGUGUGGACCCUGGGGGAGCAGCUAGAGGAGAUAGGGCCCUGGCUAUGUAAUCUACUGAGACUAUCA